AUGCAGCAGCGGGGGCUACUACCCCUGCUGCUGCUUCUGCUGGUCUUACCACCAUGUCCUGGUGCAGCGGUCGACUUAAGUUUCCGCUGGAUCUGCCGCAAAAACGCGUACCUACCUCAAGCUUUCACAGACCAGGGACUUGCAUCAUCCCAGUUUUUAGUUCUCCGGCAGCCGUGGAGAGGCCUCGUUGAUGCAGCUCGAGGGCGCCUGCCUUCUUCCCAAGCGCUGCACCCGAAGCACAAACAAAGUGAGACUACGCUAAAGCGGAAUUCCGAAAGUAAUAACACGAAGGCAUCCUCCAAAAGAAUCCCUGAGAGCCCCAAGAAGGGUUGCGCGGCGGCAAAAGUAAGGGACUCUGUAAAGGAGGGAUCUGUGGGUGACCCUUAUGGGAGCCUCUGGAAUCUGGGAACCCCAUGGGCUCCGAGCGGAGGACAGGGGCCCGAAGAAAAGCCUGCACUUGGCGUGCCUAUAGCUGCUGUGGUUUCCCAGAGCUCUAGCAGGAGCAGCGACACAAGCAAAUCGGAGCACAUACUGAGGACUGGGAACUACAGCUGCCUCCAGCCGUCUUUCUUGGGGUCAUUUCUUCUGCCUGCACAGCCGAGUGGGCAGCAUCUUAGUGAGGACGACUCAGACGCUAGCAGCUACAGCGGACUAGACCGUCACUCGCAGCAGCAGCAGCAGCAGCAGGGUGCGAUCCGUGAGUCCUUCGUUCCCUAUGACGCCGCUGAUACUGCUGCAGCGGGAAGCGGUGAGGAAGGGGAAGAAAACGCCUGUGCUGCAGGCGACGCAGCUCGAGCAACGCUGAGAGAUCGGCUGCUGCAGCAGCUGCUGCAGGGAGUGCUUCAGCAGCAGCGGCUCCCCGAGAUUGCCGUCGCCGGUCGCAGCAACGUAGGAAAGUCUUCACUUAUAAACGCCUUUUUCAAACUUUGUAGCAAGAGCAACAGCGGCAAGCUCCCGCAAGCCCGCUCUUCCCGCACCCCAGGCCGCACUCAGACUAUCGACUUCUACCUCUUCAGCGCUGCAGCCGCAUCUAGCUCGCAUCAGCGCAAGCAACAGCAUCAACGUAAGCAGCAGCAGCAGAGCAGACACAAAGAGCAACAGCUGCUGCAGCGAGGGGCCUUCGUUCUCGCAGACCUGCCGGGAUAUGGAUACACUGAGGGGAUCUCCCCGCAGAGGACGCGCCAGAUCUCACGCACUCUCGAGGUGUAUGUGCAGCGCAGACAGCAGCAGCAGCAGCAGCUGCAGCAGAUGCUGCUGCUGGUGGAUGGGAGGAGAGGCAUGGGGCCGCACGAUGCUGCCCUGAUGCGGUUGCUUCUGCAGCAUCAAAUUCGCACAACAGUUGUCGUGACAAAAGAAGACAGGCUCGGCGCCCCGGAGAUUGUGGAGUUGGUGGAAAAUCUGUCAGAUUUUAAGCAGCUCAUGCUACCUUCUUACCUGGUGCAAUUGAGGCUGAAGCUGCUGCUAGAACAGCAAAAAAGCACCAGAAACAUGAGCGAUAGUGAAGACACCAAGGACUGCGGCAGUGACUGUGGCAGCAAGGGCGUCUAUGGCCUUUUCACGCCGCAUACCUCAGCCCUAGGACAGCAAGCGCAGCAGCGAGAACAGCGGCAGCCGAGAAAUCAAGUUCCAGUCUUCGUCGUUUCUGCCCGCACGGGUUCAGGCAUUAAGCAGCUCUGGCAGCAUGUCAUGAAGACAGCAGCCAUGGGUCCUCUAAGGCCAAAGGCAGCGGCAACACCAGAAGCAGCAGCUGAGCCCGCGGGGGAGGACCCAGUCUCGGCAAACAGGAGCACACGUAAGUCGAGGAAAAUGGCGCUUCUCCUGGCAGGCCCAAGCGAAAUGCCAGACGACUGUUUCUAG